AUGGAUCCAUACAGCCUGAAACAAAACAACCGUAAGAAGUUUUUGGACAAGCAACGACUCAAGAAACGCCAUGCAACUCCCAGCGACCGCAAGUACAGCCUUCUGAACAAGUCUACUGCCGCUUCCACCACCACCGCCGCCGCCGAUACCGCUAACGAAAUCGCCAACAACACCAGCGUCAGCGCCAAAGAUCUACAAGCCUCCCAAGAACCCUCCCUGGACAAUGAAUCCCCACAAAUACUCUCAAACGCAUACCGCUACAACGAUAUCCUGAGUUCCACCAACGAAGAUGAAUCUGUAUCUCUAGAAGUUACCGAGAAGCUCAAGCAAAUCUUGCAGCGCCGCACCAACAUCACCACCGCGGCCGUCAGUGACGGCUGCCACCCCAGCAAGAUUACAGCAAGAGAACUCCAUUCCAAAGAUAUAGACGAGCUCAAUGCCCUCUUGAAGAGCUCAUACGGCACCACAUUGACCAAGGAUCUAUCGCCCAGUGCAUCACAGUCCCGCGCUGCCAUCUCUCCGCGCUCACCACGCUCCCCACGCCACUCCCACCCACAGGAACCCUCCUCUCGUCUUCCAACCGACCUGCAGGAAGACGAACAGUUCUUGGACCACUUGCUAUAG